AUGGACCAUUUCCCUACUAAUUGGGGCCGCCCCCGUAAUGAUGCUUUCGACGCGUACGGAACAUACCCCAUCGCCCAACACCCUAGAAAUGCAGUUGAUGUCUUUGCGGACGGCGUGCAACGAACGCAGCAGCCAAUAGUCACUGGUACAAGUGUGCUAGCCAUCAAGUACAAAGAUGGGAUUAUGAUGGCUGCCGACAACCUUGCUUCGUAUGGAUCUCUUGCUCGCUUCAAGGAUGUACAGCGUCUUCAUCCCGUCGGAGACUACACCGUGAUCGGUGCUGGCGGAGACAUGUCCGAUUUCCAGUACAUCCAGCAGAUGCUAGAGGAACUAGUAACCGAGGAAUUUGCAUCACAAGACGGGCACACUCUUGGUCCUGUGGAGAUACAUGAAUAUAUGUCCCAUGUCAUGUAUGCUAGACGCUCCAAGAUCAACCCAUUAUGGAACUCGCUUGUAAUUGGCGGCUUCAAGAACGGUAAAAGCUUCUUGUCCUACGUCGACCUGUUGGGAACGACGUACACAGCAUCGACCAUCGCCACUGGCUAUGGUUCCAUGAUCGCUCAACCCCUUCUUCGCAAAGCGGUUGAGGGUAACGAAACUACCUUGACAGAGGAAGAAGCCCUGAAGAUUAUCGAGAGUAGUAUGCGGGUGUUAUUCUAUCGCGAUGCACGAAGCAUCAACAAAUUCCAAGUGGCUACGAUUACUGAGAAGGGUGCUACGAUCUCGGAGUCCCGCCAUUUGGAAACGUCCUGGUCGUUUGCAGAGGGAAUCAGAGGUUACGGGUCACAAACCCAAUAA